UUUAGUCUUGUUUGCGGCCUCUGUACCUUGUGCCAGGCGCUGCGUGGCGUGGAUGUUUUGAGAGCAAACUUUCUACGAGAGCCAGUAUCUGCAGACAAUGAGGGAUUUGUCUCAGGUUCGGCGCAGGAUUCGGCAGUUCUCCUACGCAAUGAGUGAAUGUUCACCUCAAAUUGCAGCUUAUGGCAGAUGUGUGGCUGUGAAGGAGAAUAUAAAGAAGGGCGAUUGUGCCAAGGAGUUCCAGGCUAUGAAAGACUGUGCACGCAAAGUGGUACAGAAGUCUCACUAGCUUGAGUGGAAAUGGAGACAGUCCAGGGUCUGCUGUCCAGGCGGUACGCGCGCCUGGCCCUGCACCAGGUCCGCUACAAGAAGACGAUCUACCGCAACCGGAAACCGCCUACCUGGGCGUCCCAGGUGGCGCUGGACAUGUUUGACCAGUACUACACGCGCCAGUUUGGAACCCGCUGGUCAUCCAUCCGCCUGGCUCUCCUGUCCGAGCCCAAACACGCCGCCCUGGUCAACAACUUCGGCCACGAUCCCGAGGCCGUGUGUGCUGACUUGGAGGCCCUCGGUGCUGUGGACGUCAUGGACGGUCAGCAGGCACUCCGGCCAGCACGACGGGCAAAGAGGGGCGUCCGAGGGGCUGCUCACAUCGCUACCGUCCAACCAGAAACUGUCGAAGACAGUUAUGAUGAUGAUAAUGUACAAGGCCACGGGACUCGCGAAAUUAGUCAGACUGGUGUCGAGAACGGCAGAGACGAGGAAACUUCGCCCAGUCUUCCCGUCGCCGCCACCAACCUGAGACUGUACAGCAUGGCGGACACGAGCAGGUUUCCCCCGGCGCAACCCGACGCCGACGGGAUUCUCACGUACUAUGCAAUGGACGCUUCGUCAGUCCUCCCCGUGUUGGCGCUCAACUUGAACCCCGGUGACAUCGUGCUAGACAUGUGUGCCGGUCCCGGCGGCAAGACUCUCACUAUUCUAAACAUGUCGGUGUCGCUUUCGGGGAUCAUCGCUAACGAACCGAAGUCUAGUCGCCUCAAGCGUCUGAACCAGGUGUUACGGCUGUACCUCCAGCGUGGCUUGAGCGUCCAGAAGGGAGUGAAAGUCACCAGUUUUGAUGGCUGCAGGUGGGGGAAGGUGUCCCCGAACUCUUUCGACAGAGUCCUGGUGGACGUACCGUGCACCACCGACCGCCACUCCCUCACGCACGACGAGAAGACCAACAUCUUCCACGUGGCGCGGGCGCGCGAGCGUACUGAGUUAACGGACCUUCAGGUGAAGUUGUUGAGUUCGGCACUAGCGGCCGUGCGCCCAGGUGGUGAGGUUGUGUACUCCACCUGCACCAUGUCACAGAUGCAGAACGAAGGCGUGGUCUACAUGGCCAUGGAGCACGCCAACCAGAACUCCAACAUCCUGGCCGAGGUGGCCGACGUCUCCGGACUGGUCCAGUUCUUCCGAAACACUUUCACUUUCUCGGAGGGCUGCAGGAUCGGCGCGCUGGUGCUGCCCAGCCUGCCCAACAACUGGGGACCGAUGUACUUCUGUAGGCUCCGCAGGAUUAACUAAUCUGUACUUCUGUAGGCUCCGCAGGAUUAACUAAUCUGUACUUCUGUAGGCUCUGCAGGAUUAAUUGAUCUGUUCUCCUAUAGACUGCAGGAUUAACAGAUCAGGAUUAACUAAUCUGUACCUCUGUAGACUGCAGGAUUAACUGAUCUGUAGUUCUGUAGACUCCACAGGAUUAACUGAUCUGUAGUUCUGUAGGAUUAACUGAUCAGACUUCUGUAGACUCUGCAGGAUUGACUAAUCUGUACUUCCCUGACUGUGCAUGAUUAACUAAACUGUAGACUCUGCAGGAUUAACUGAUCUGUACUUUUGUAGACUGAAUUAACCGAUCUUAACUAUAUUGGUUCCAGUGUUACAAUGCGGUUCGUAUCGUCUCAAAUGUGUUAUGACACAAUAGGCCAGUUAAUACAUCUUGCAGAAAUCUUUCCAUUUGGCAUAUAUUGUCAAUUAAUGAGAACCAUGCAUGUAUUGCCCUCUGCCAAGCUAUGGUCAAACUGAAGGUUAUAAAGGUGAUGCUCUUUUGUUUAAAACAAAGCCAAGUGGUCACCUGUUUUGAGAGUUGUUUGAAGCUUUGGUGGAAAAAUGAAUUAUGAAGCUUGUGCUAAAAA